AUGGAUCCUAACGUCCGGCAACUAGAAGAAUAUUGCGGGGAUGUUGACGACGAGGCGCUGUCGUUUUCCGGCAUGAUCCUGCAUGACGAUGUGGAAGGAGAAGGGCCGCACAGCCCCAAGCCAUGGGCGAGUCCCGAUUUUGAAUUCAGCCGGACGAGCUCAUGCGGACCGGAUGCAGACGCCGCCGAGUGGUUUCCUGCCGAUCUCUUCUUCUCCAACGGCCACCUCCUCCCCCAUGUCUUCCCCCUCCAGCCGGAGCAUUCUCUCUCCUGUCGCAAGGACUCGACCGCCAGCAGCAGCAGCCGCAGCUCCAGGCAGAACAGCUGGACCACCGCGUCGUCGGCGUCGCUGGAAUUCCCCGACGGGCCGGCGUUGAAGAAAGCCCCGAUAGUGCCCAGUUCCACCAACACCAGAGUUAAGAAGCCGACGGCGGCGACAUGGAAGCGGUCGCCUUGUUUCGUCGUGCCGAGGUGGCAGUUCUUGUUUCCGGCACCCUCGGGGACGCUUUCCGGUCGUCGUAGAAGCGUCAGGAAAAGUGACUCCGUCAGGCCAAGUUCCUCGGAGAGAGCACGCAGGGAUGAAAAUGGUAUUUUGACUUGGUUGGUGAGGAAGAUCCUCCGUACCUUCCUUACGGCGUGCCGGGACUGCCACUCACUGCAGCCGGCUCUCCGCGACGAUUGCAGCGUUGACGGAAAGUGA